AUGUAUGCGGAUCGAAUUCAAGUGGCCUGCUACGGGGACAAGAAAAUCCCCAGCAAGCUCAAGUACUUUUUCGAAGAAGACCUGUACGAAUUAUCCGACGUGAAACUGGACGAGCGAAUCAACCUGCUCCGAAUUCAUCUGAAGUACGUGUUCUAUGACAACCCCCUAUCUGAAUACUUCAAAAAUGAAGGUAACCUGUUGUCGGAAAAAUCCCUAAUUUAUAUUUAUUUCCUAUGCCUUAACAAUUUGGAGGAAUACAGAAAUGAAAAGGAGUAUAUUUUAAACCGGUACAAAGACACAGGAAAUGAUGAACACGAGGAAUGCAUAAUUAUUUAUGCAUACAACUUGGAGGAUAACAUGAACGAAAUAAAAAAUAUUAAAAAAAUUAAGGCAGACUUCAGUCACAACAAUUAUAAAAGCAUCAAAAUAUUGUCCCUGCCAAUUCUGAAGAAUGAAUAUUACGAUGAUUCCAACAACAAAAUGAAAGAAUUGUAUGAACACUUUAAAAUACGAUACAUGGAUCAUUUAAAGAUUUGUAUAGAAAAAAAAUACCACAUGAUAAGAAGUGGGUAUACAAAAAGCAUGACGAACUUUUUAAAUUUAGUGGACCAUAGUAAAAAAUUACUUGGAGAAAAAAAAAAAAAAAAUUCACAAAAAAGUAAAUUUCAUUUGACUGACUUUAUGUACCAAGUAGACAGCGGACAGGAAGAAAAUCAAAUUCUCGAGUUUGUAAAUUUUUAUAAAAAACAUAACGUCUUCUUAUUCUGCAACGAAUUUGUAGAUAUCAAUUUCUUUUUAAAAAAAAACGACCUCUUCUCAUAUAUGAAUGAAAUAGAGUUUGUAACAGAUUAUGAUGAAGAACUGUACAUAGAAUUGUAUGACAAUUUUUUACUCCUCUUCAUAUGGUGUGAAAAUCUCUGUCUACUUUUCUGUAAAUUAAAUCUUUUUAAAAAAAGUUACGUCUUAUACAGCGCGAUGGCUAAAUUGUUCAUCAAACAUUUAAAUGUGUUCGUAAAAAAAAAGAAAUGUAUCAUCCAUUCCUCCAUCCUGUUUGAGAAAAAUUAUCUUACCUUAGCUAGAUACAUAAGGGAAAGGAACAUAUGCUCCAUUCACUUAUUGGAAUAUAUUUUUUUUAAAAAAUUUUCCCUUCUUCUUUUUUUAAAUAAAUUUUCUUACCUUUCCAGUAAGGCUUUAAGGUUUGCCCAUUUUUUUUACACCAAUAAAAUUUUUAUCUUCAUGCAUAAUUUCAGCCGAUUUAAAAACAGCGUCAUCAGAAAUUCCACUCAGAUCAGCUACUUGAAGAAUAUCCAGAGGAAAGUCACAAAGUAUCGCCACCGGGAUCUCCUAGGGCGCGUAUCGGCCAGGGUCUCUCCCCCCGGCGGAGCCCGGAGGGGGGAAAGCCAAAUCGUUGCGCAAGGGGAUUUAGUGGAGGAGGAGGAGGAAGAGGACAAUCCGAAGAGUGAUCAAAACAGCUCUCUCGAACAUGCCCCGAGAGAUGCUACCCCCAGGGAGCACUCCCCCUUCCUGGAUAAAAACGUGGGCAAACGUAGAAAGAGCCUCAUAAGCGAGUUUAAGGAGGUGUUCAGAAAGGGUGUAGGCAAUGUUGACAGCGCGGUUAGAGCAGGGGGGCACGACGACGCCGGGGGUGAGCCCAUGGGCCAAGGUGCACAUGGGCCAGACGAAGAUAACCUACAAGACAACAACCUAAAGGGAGACAACCUAAAGGGAGACAACCUAAAGGGAGACAACCUAAAGGGAGACAAUCUAAAGGAGGAAAACCUAAAAGAGGACUACCUGCAGGAUGAUGGCCUGUUGGACGAAGACAAGCUCGUGAGUGAAAGCCCCGAAAAAACGACAUCCAAUGAUCUGUCCACGCGCCCAGAUCACAUCAGGCACGGAGACCACCUGGGGGAGUUUCCAGAUGAGCGAGACAAAAUCACGUUCCUUCUCAAAUGUUGCUUCAUGAAUAAGGAAAAUUACUUCGCCGUUUACUUUUACAACAUGGGUAACCUGAUAAAGUUCCUCUUCGAGCGAAGGAGCACCUUCUACCAGGAGGAGCAAAAAAAAAAUCAAAGUGAUAAAAGUGUUAAGAAAAACAACACCAAUAUUAGCAAGUAUCUAUCGCUGCAAAAGAAUAUUAUGAAAUUGGGAUAUAAGAAAAAUUUUUCCAAAAAAAAAAAAUCAAAAAAAAGUUUGAAAAUUAAAACGAAAAGGAGCAAUUCGUUAAAUGAAUCAUCCACAUCGCAGUUAUCGUCCACACUAUCAGAACCUUCGGAUGGAAAAAACGACAACUACAGUUUUUAUCAGCACAACGAUUUCUGCAUAAACGUUUCAAAAAUUUUUAACCUCUCAUUUGUCAUUUUAAAAAAUAUAAUGAAUAUCUACAGAAGAGACAAAUUAUUCGAACAGAGAAAUGCAAAAAAGGUUUACUUGCUUAACUUCUUUCUUCAUUACUUGGAAGAAAAACAGUUUGAAAAAAAUAUGCUAAAGGAAGAGCUACAGCAAGUGAAAAAUGAAAAAAAAAAUGUCUAUCAUACAUUCCCAAUAUAUCAUAUAAAAUAUUUUUCAAAAAAUAACGAAAAAGAAAAAAAGAAACUACUUGUAAGUAUUAUGUAUAAAAUCACCAAUUUGUGUUAUCGAAAAUACGGCAACAUUGCCAUGAUUAAUAAAUUCUUUUUGGCAAUUAUUUUAUUUGAAAACUCAAAAUACAACAAGUCCAUGAAAAUUUUAAAAAAAAUCAUCCAAAAAUGUAAUCAAGAUUUUGUUAUCUUUUUCUGUAUGCAACUUAUUUCUUUGCACAAGGUGAACAAUCAAUUUUAUCAUUUCUGCUCCUCCUUUUUUUUAUCCAACAAGUACACCCCUAUUUGUUCUUUCAAAGAUGUCAAUAUCAACUUUUUCAGGGUUGCGCAUUAUGAGGAUUACCUUUUUUUUCGCCACGCAAAAAACUCCCUUCUACAAAUUGAGCAGGACAAGUGUUAUGGCAACGAUUUUUUCUCUUCCCUUGGUAAGGACAUCGUUGUGUCUUAUCGCAAAGUAAUGCAACAAGUCUUCAGAUCCGUUGAUGGAAAGGGAGGAAUGCACCUGUCAACUGUGCACACAGAACCGCUGCACGAGCGAAGGGGCAUGAUCCAGAGAGGACCCUCCAGGGAGGGCGAACAAAUUGAUGGCAAUUCCCGAAAAGAGAUUUCCAGGGGAAACACUAGCCCCACCGAUGUAAACAUAAACAAAGUAAUCAAUUUUGAAAGAAAGGUAUUUUACCAGAACAAUUACUACUUCAAGCCCAACGUACGAUUUCUGAAAAGCUUGCGCAAGUUUAAUUUCUCCGUUUCGAAAAACGAGGAACAGAGCGAGAUACACAUCCCCCACUCCGACGUGAAGAUCUUCGUGCAGUCGAACUAUAACCUCUACCUCUUCGCGUCGAACAUGCUUUUUGGGAACAUGAGCGAGGUGGACAACGCGGAGGAUCCGAGCCGACUACCUCACAUCGGAACCUUGUUACGCCUAAAAAUAGAAAAAUACGCCCAGAAGCAAGGGAAAGGAACAGGAAAGGGCCACCCACCCAGAGUAAAACAGCUAUGCGUGCAGUACGAUGAGAACAUCGAUCUCUUUAUCUUUUCCGCCCUAUCGCAAGACCUUCUCAUCGAUAAAGUAAUGAUUGAGUUAUACGACGAAAGGGCAAAUAAAAAGUUGCACUUGAAUUUUGCUAAGAAUAAAUAUGUUAUUAAAACUGGGUUAAAUAUAAUUAAGUUAAACAUAUCAAGCAUUCUUGAAAAUAGUAUAAUAGAAUGGAAGAAUUUUUUCUACAAAAUAAAUUAUGUCUUCCUACAGGUGAAUCACUUUUGCUUUUAUCAGCAGCUGGGGAUACUUCCAAAUGGGAACAUUUUGACUCCCUUUUUAAACGCCUAUACGGAAUUCAUAAAGUCCAAUUAUAUAUUAUCUAGGGAUAACAAGUACGCUAGCUUCUUCCUAGAUCAGCUAGUUUCUCCUCUUUACAUAAAAAUAAAAACGUUACAAUCUGUUUUAAAUUGCCAAUUGGUUGCAUCAUAUUUGAACAACUCGUCUUUGGUUUAUAACAGCACGAACUACAUCAAGCUGAUCGUAUCCAAUUAUCAUAGACAUGUCGAUUCGAGGGAGGAAAAUGAAUUCAUUUCCACGCAGAGGAAUGCAACCAAGGGGGGUCCUCAUGUAGAUAUUCCAAGCUUAAGCACCUCCAACCAAAUUAAAAACGUCCAUCUAUUAGUGCACAAAAAAAACGAAGGCUCCGAUCUCCAAUACCUGAGCCAAAAGUGCACCGUACCCGAUUCUGUAUUCUUCGUAAUCGAAUCAAACGACCAUGUAGAAAUUUCCGAACCGAAGAUUUUAAAACGAGAACAUACCUCUUUUGCAAAACCAGGGCAGACGAAUGACUGUUCUGUUGAAAAAGAAGAAGGUAAUUAUCACGACAAAUGUGACUAUGACCAAGCAGGGCAAUGGAAGAAGGAUUCCUACGCCAUUAUAUCAUUUAUACCCGUAAGGGCAAACAACUCUAACGUGGUUAAGAGGGAAGAGUUUCAACUCAAUUUGAAUUGUGAAAAGAAUCUACAGAACUUUGAUUCACCUGAUGAACCUUCCUCCAAUGAUGACCAUCACAGCAGGAACAAUUCAAACGAGGUAAAGGUUAAAUGCGUUAUAAAUAUAGAUUUGGAAAAAAAAAAAAAAAGACAAAGGAAAACAGAUCUGUGUGAAUUAUCAAAUGUGAAUUAUAUUGGACAAACCAAAUUUGAUGAUUUUAUUAAUCUAGAAAAAGACUCAUCAUAUCAUCCACCAUUUAAUAACCAAAUAGUUAUUGACAAAACUUUCCACCUUGCCAAUAUUUUUAAUGAAAAAAUUAAAACCUAUAGAUCGAAAAAUACCAUAUUGUAUGAAUUAAUACUAAAGUUACAUAAAGAUAACUACUCUGUUUUUUUAAAAAAUUUUCAUGUUUCUAUUAGAAAGAAAUAUGAUACAGAUAUAACAGGUGCAAAGAUAUUUCUUCUGAAUGGCAAAAAUGGGGACUUUGUCCGAAGUUCCUCCAGGGCCACGGGGGAUAACAGCUCCAAUGAUAUGGCUCAGCUGCAGGCCUACACACUAGGGGCACAGCCCGUGGAGCCGGUGAAGAGGGAGGUGGAAGGUGAUGUCAUGGAAGUAAAAGAGUCAAUGAAAGGUUCAGUGAAAGAUGACAUGAGGGAGGAAGUUAACAGAGAGAUGAACGAAACAAAUGAUUUAGACACAAGCUGUGCGAUUGGGGAGGGGGGGCAGGAUACCCCACCCCCUGGUGCGGACACCCCUAACGAAUCAGAUGCGAGCAACGUCAACCUGUGGAGUGCAAACAACAUGCAGGAAUCUGGCGCCAGCAGCUUGAGCCUGCUGAGUGCUAAUGAUCUGAACGAGGAAGGAGGUGGGAAGAGAAACACAUGCAACGAGGUAAGCUAUUUUUAUGAUGAAAUUGAUGUCAACAGGUACAUUCACGGGGGGAUGAGUGUGUUCUUCCUUUUCGAGGUGACCUACAGAGCAGCACAGGGAAUUGCUGUUGAUUGUAAUGGUACUAAUUCCAAUAAUAACUCUGAUGAUGGUACUGAGGAGCGUAGUAAUGACCGGAAUAACCGUGAUAGCGACCGCAAUGGGACAAUUUUCUUAAUGGACGAAAGCAUGACGACGGGCACCCUGUGUGUAACAUACGAAUAUCGGAACAGUUUGAUCGUAGAGUCUUUUGAAGAGAAGCCAAAGGAAUACAUCUACACCCUGGAUGUGCCGAUCCCCUCUUUUUUACUACCAAUUAAUGUCGACUAUGAUAUUCCCAAAUAUGGGACGCUGCACACGUUGCUCAAUGUCAAAAUAGUUCUGUGGAACAAUAUGGGGGAGGAUAUUUAUAUGAAAUAUUUCGUAUACCUGGAGGAGAGAAAAAAGAAAGGUCAGUCGGAAGGUGACGAUGAAUACAAUUGGCUAAUAAAUGGAUUUAAAAAGAAGGUCGUCUUUUUACCAAAAAAUUCUUCACAUGUUAUUAAUUUAAUUAUCCUUCCUUUAAAAAUCGGCUUAAUUAACUUUCCCCCAAUUUUAUAUUACAUAAAAUUAAAUGACAGUUGGGUUGAGGUAACGGAAGUUUUGAAGAAGAGCGAGAACUUUCAGCUUAUCAUUUCACCCUCGCUGCAGUUUAGCCCCAAAGUAUGGCAGUUGGCAUAG